AUGACAGAUAAGGUCACUAAACCACGGCAACGGAAAAAGAGAGAUCCCAAACCUUCAGCCUUGAUUCGCGAGGAUGUCAUCAAGGAAAAGCCCAUUACGAAUCUGGCGGUGCGCAAUCUAGAUCGGAUUGAUUCUCCAUCAACUUUGCAACUUGCCGUAGUUCCCAAUCCGAAUCCAGUCGUUGUCAGUAGACCUACGCUAGAAGGCGACGAUGCCCUCACGGCAAUUCGGUGGCGGUACAAAUUGCCAAUGCUCUUUCAACCGUCCCAACAAGAUAUUUUUGACACCGCCUUCAUUUCACAUUUUGUCGAACUUAACAGAGGAGUGCGAUCCCAGAAUGCAGGGAUUCCUUGGAUCAGUAGGGUACCGGACCUGCACAACUAUUCGAUCAAACCGGCAUUGCGGUUAUCUAUACGUGCUGCAUCAAUGGCCUUCUAUUCACAAGUUCACCAAGACGUAUCUGUUUUGACGGAUUCAUACCGGUGGUACAUGAAAGGACUCAACUACCAGCGCCAAUCAAUUUCGAGCCUCGAUGGAAACAGUAUUCCAAGCGAUGACGCCGUCCUGGUUCCGAUCAUCCUAGGGUUGUAUGAAGUGUAUGCUGGUACUACCCCAACUAGUGUAUUUCACCAUCUGGCAGCAGCGACGAAAAUUCUCCAGAUGAGGGGCCCUAGCAAUUGUAGCUCGGGCGUGUCAUUACAGUUGUUCAAGGCAAUGCGGGUCUCUGAUGCUCACAAGUCUCUCAUCUUCAAUCGACCAUCUCCUCUAUCUACCCCGGAAUGGCUGACCCUUCCAUUCAUCGUACAUCCGAAAAAUGCGCACCACUGCCUGACUGACAUCCUCCUUGCUAUCCCAGCAUGUAUAGGUCUCUGUGGAAGGAGCGGCAGCCUCGCCGAUUUCUUCUCAAGACCGAUUCCGCAUAGUGCUGAUCUACAGCCUACCCGACAACGCACAAAACAGCUUCUUCGGGAUAUUGACGACUGGGCUGAGCGUUAUCCUCACCUAUGUUAUGCUGACCCUAUUGCCCAGAUUGUGAAUGCAGACAUGUCAACAUCUAUUCUAGCAACAAACUCCUCCAACGCUCCCAAAUCACCGUCGCUAAUGCUUCCUGACACUUUUACUGCUCUGACAGCCGCAACCUUCUAUGCAACCCGACUUACCCUCAUACUUCUACGCGAUAAGAUUUCGUCACCCCCCGUUUCCCCAAACAUAGCCAGGAUCCGGACUGAGACUGUCGGAAUUGCAGACGCGAUAUCACAUUCAAUAUCUAUCCUGCAAGUCGCCGCAUUCAUAGAAUCAACACAUCCCGUGGGAUUUGACUUCAUGCGGAGUGUUUUCCCGCUGGUCGUUGUGGGGCUAUUGGGACCACAAGAACAUGAGCAAAAUCUGGCAAGAAACAUGCUUGUGAGAUGGGGAGAGCGUAGGGGUGUUGGUGGCCUCUGCGGCUCAUGGGUCCAUAUUUGA